AGCCUGACCCACUCGCUUCUCUGGGCCUGUCUUACCAGUGCCACCGCUCCUCUCCCCGCCCCAUUGUGCCUUGCAAGUGCCCACAGCCUGGCUGCGCCUAGACCUCUCUUGGGCGUACCACUGGUUUCCUUCUUGUUUUGAGGACCGGGCCCAGCGGAGGCUCUCCCAGGGAGGAUGGCAGCCCUUCACACGAUGCCGGACUCCCCAACCGCCCAGCUGGAGAGGGUCGAGGACGGGUCAGAGUGUGAUGCUGACCAGGAGGAGGAGGAGGACGAAAGGGGGGAAGAGGAGGAGGAAGAGAUAGUAGUGGAAGAGGAGGAGGAGGUGGAGGAUGUGGCACAGGUAGAGGAGGUGGCAGAGGUGGAGGUGGGGGCAGAGGAGGAGGAGGAGGACGAUGAUGACGUGGAGGAGGUCCUGGCGGAGGAGCAGAGUCUGGCAUUGGGGACCCAGGAGCAACUGAGCCCUGGUGGUGAUGCCAAGUCCCCAGUGCUUCAGGAAAAAGCCCUGCAGGCCUCCCAGCUUCCAGCCACCCCUGGGGAUGAGGAGGACCUGGAGGAGGAGGAAGAAGAGGAAGAGGAUGAUGAUGACGAGGAUGACUUCCUGACAGCUGCGUCUCAGGGGCUGGUGACCUUCGAAGAUGUGGCUGUGUACUUCUCCUUGGAAGAGUGGGAAAGGCUGGAUGCAGACCAGCGGGGUCUGUACCAGGAAGUCAUGGAGGAAAACUAUGGGAUCCUGGUGUCCUUGGGGUACCCGAUCCCCAAGCCCGAUCUGAUCUUCCGGCUGGAACAAGGGGAAGAACCGUGGGUCCCAGAUAGCCCCCGUCCUGAAGAAGGAGACAUCGUCACUGGCGUCUACACAGGAGCCUGGUUCUGGACUGAUGACGUGGAGGACCAUGAGGAGGAAGAUGACGAGGACUUCCUGGCAGAGGUGGCUGAGGAGGAGAACGAGCCCCCGGGGCUGUGGUCAGCGGCCUACGGUGUAGGGGACGUACCUGGGACUUGGGGCCCAGACGACUCAGAUUCAGCGCAGACUCCAGAGGGGUGGGGGCUCGACCCAGGCGGCCUUGGGAUCCUGGCUGAGGGUUCCGAGGCGAAGCCCUUCCUGCCUGGCCAGGAGCCUGGUGCGAACCUGCUGUCGCCCUGGGCGUUCCCAGCCACGUUGGCUGCCCCUGCCGGCCGGCCAGAGACCACAUGCGACGUGUGCGGCAAAGUGUUUCCGCACAGGUCGCGGCUGGCCAAGCACCAGCGCUACCACGCGGCUGUCAAGCCCUUCGGCUGCGACGAGUGUGGCAAGGGCUUCGUGUACCGCUCGCACCUGGCCAUCCACCAACGCACGCACACUGGCGAGAAGCCUUUCCCGUGCCCUGACUGCGGCAAGCGCUUCGUCUACAAGUCGCAUCUGGUCACGCACCGGCGCAUCCACACCGGCGAGCGGCCCUACCGCUGCGCCUUCUGCGGUGCGGGCUUCGGGCGCCGCUCCUACCUGGUGACGCACCAGCGCACGCACACGGGCGAGCGGCCCUACCCGUGCCCGCACUGCGGCCGCAGCUUCAGCCAGAGCUCGGCCCUCGCGCGGCACCAGGCCGUGCACACCGCCGACCGGCCGCACUGCUGCCCCGACUGCGGUCAGGCCUUCCGCCUCCGCGCCGACUUCCAGCGCCACCGACGCGGUGGCGGCUGCGUGGAGCCUGGUGGCGACGGCCCUCGGCGGGAGUCCGGCGAGGCGCCAGCCGCGGCGGGGCCUGAGGAAGCCGAGGCCGGGCCCGAUGGGCCUGAGGCGGGCGAGGUGGAAGGAGAGCCCGAGACCGAGGCUGAGGGCGAGGCGAGAGAGGAGGCGGCAGAGGCGCCCACCCCCGGGAGCAAGGAGGAGCCCGAGCCGAACAGGCGGUUCGUCGAGCUGGGCAACGGCCUAGGGGAGGGCGAAGGCCCUUCCUCCCACCCGCUCGGCUUCCACUUUCCUGUGCACCCGAAGUCCUGGCUCCACCCGGACGGCUUCCCGAUCCUGGGCCUCCCCGACUUCGGGGAGCGGCUGCCAGGUGACGGGCGACCCUUGCCGGGCCCCCUGGGGGGCCCGCUCUCCUUGGAGGGUGCGGGGCUGGCCUGCGACCCUUUCGGCGCCGGCGGGGCCGUGGGCGGCGGCAGCGGCGGCCUGCGCACUUUCGGGCCUGCCGUCGGGGGUCUGCUGGCAGAGCCGGCGCCCGCCGCGCUGGCGGAAGAGGAGAGUCCGUGGAUCUGCUCCGACUGCGGCAAGACGUUUGGGCGCCGCGCCGCGCUGGCCAAGCACCAGCGCUACCACGCGGGCGAGCGGCCACACCGCUGCGCAGACUGCGGCAAGAGCUUUGUCUACGGCUCCCACCUAGCGCGCCACCGGCGCACGCACACGGGUGAGCGGCCCUUCCCGUGCCCCGAGUGCGGCGCGCGCUUCGCCCGCGGCUCCCACCUGGCGGCGCACGUGCGCGGCCACACGGGCGAGAAGCCCUUCGUGUGCGGCGUGUGCGGCGCGGGCUUCAGCCGUCGCGCGCACCUGACGGCGCACGGGCGCGCGCACACGGGCGAGCGGCCCUACGCCUGCGGCGAGUGCGGCCGGCGCUUCGGGCAGAGCGCGGCGCUGACGCGGCACCAGUGGGCGCACGCCGAGGAGAAGCCGCACCGCUGCCCCGACUGCGGCAAGGGCUUCGGCCACAGCUCGGACUUCAAGCGGCACCGGCGCACGCACACGGGCGAGAAGCCCUUCCGCUGCGCCGACUGCGGCCGCGGCUUCGCGCAGCGCUCCAACCUGGCCAAGCACCGGCGCGGCCACACGGGCGAGCGGCCGUUCCCGUGCCCGGAAUGCGGCAAACGCUUCUCGCAGCGCUCGGUGCUCGUGACGCACCAGCGCACGCACACGGGCGAGCGGCCCUACGCCUGCGCCAACUGCGGCCGCCGCUUCUCGCAGAGCUCGCACCUGCUCACCCACAUGAAGACGCACCGCGGCGCGGCGGGUGCGCCGGGGCAGGCGGCGGCCCCGGCCUCCGCGCCUAAGGUCCAGGCGCCCGCCAAGGGGCCACCGGGCGUGGGCGCGAGCACCGGGCCGGGGGAGCGCGGCAGCACCCUGCUAGAGUUUGCGGGCGGCACGAGCUUCAGCUCCGAGCACCAGGCGGCCUUCGAGGGGCCCUCUGGCGCCUACGAGGAGAGCGUCCUGUGAGGGGCCCGAGGCCCAAGGAAGCGCAGCCCGCUAGGCCACCGGCCCCUCCCCUGGGCGGCUCGGGCGCAGGCUGCUGCGCACCCGCCCCUAGCUCCUCUGGCCUUGGGGUGCUGAGGGUCCCAGUCCUGGGUGCGGUGCCUUCCCUCAGCCCCCGGUGCACCACCCCCGCCCCACGGCCUCGGGUUUUCCUCCCGCUCGGCCCCAGAGAACCGGGCCGCCGCGCCCGAGCUCGGACGGCGGUGUGGGGAGCACUCGGGGAGAAGAGCAGCGCGCGGAGACGGCUAGGGCAGAGGGCGGCCACUCCAACAAAGACUGUGACAUCCCGGGUCUGUGCUGUGAAGUAAAGCGGUAGGGAUGGCAGGCGAUGCUAUUUAUUUUACUCGGAUUCCGAUUUGGGUGGCCGGGGGAACAAGUGACAUAUGAGUCUGUAACUGGGGUUUACAGCGAGGGCGGGGAGCCCUUGCGUCAGGGGAGGGGGGUGCUAGAGGGAAGAGCAACCGGCUGCUCAGGUGGGCCAGCGCCGAUGCCUGGGCUGCCGGUGGGUUUGGCUCACGACUUCUUCCCAUUCCUCAGUGGGAGACUUCAGGGCCCCUCUGGUCAUUUGAGUAUAUCUGGAAGGUGUUAAGAACUGUGCGCGUGGCUGUGGGGAGCCUUGUAGGUUUCCAAAGGACGGACUUCUGAGCCCUAACCCAGGGGAAUGGAGAUGCAAAUGGGAAAGCCUUUAUUCUGACUGGAUAUUUAUUUCCAUCUCUUGUAUGGCCUGAAGAAUCUGGGAGGAGAAAAAGCCAGAAACCAAAUUUGUGGCUGGGGCCGAUGGGUUGUGGUGUUUGCAGGGUCCCGAGGGAGUUUGAAGCCUUAAUCUCUGCAGUUGCUCACUCUCCUCACCCCACCUGAGCACUGAGAUCAGCCAGGUGCUAGUCUCAGUGGUUGAGUUUUAGUCUCAGCUUUCUCUCUAAGUCUUUUGGUACUCCUACCUCUGGCAACUGGAGGUGGCACACUCAGACAUCUUUGGGGUGCCCUGUGCAGACUCUCAGACCUGGGCUCCCACUUUCAAUUCCCUGGGCUGCCACCUCUUCAGCAGGUGGACACAUCCAGCCCUGCCCUUCUGAGCCUAACACUCAUUUAGCAUUAAGUGACUCAAGUUGGUCAAAGGAUUUUUCCCUACAUCCCUCAGUUAGCGCCCUACGAUGUCCACAGGUCUCUUUAACUCUGCUUCUGUCCUUAUUCUACACUAGAACAAGUAGUGUUUCUGUUUAGAUUCCCAUUUCAUGGAUUGGUCAGUGGAGGCACUCGAGGGCCUGGUGUUUUGCACAGUGGCUGUGUCAGGGGGUGGGUGUGGACCUGAGCCCAUGGCUCAAUGACAAACCAAGCACUCAACUAUGCAAGACUCCUGCCUGGUGGGCACCCCACCCUGCAGACUGGGCCUUUGUGAGCCAACGGGCAGGCAGCUGAGGCUCAUGGGAAGCUCCCUUCCCUUCAUGCUUUUUGGGCCAGUGUGAGUGGGGCCAGAGAACAGAUUUUGAUGCAGCUUCAUUCCCUUUUAGACCUAGUUCCUUCCAUUGUAGUGUAGACAUGGCCUUGGGGGCCCAGAGCCAGCAGCAAGGCUGCUAGGGGCCGGGGGCGGGGUAGGAGGCGUGAUAGUGGGUGGGAAGAGGGCCUGGGUGGUGGCCGUAAGAAUUCACCUGGCUGGGUAAGGUUAUGGGGUGGGGUGGUGAGGAGGGCAGGGAUCCCAGGGAGGCAUUAGGAAUGCUAGGUGAUGGCCUCUCCGUCCUGGGUUUCUGCUCUUCCUGCAGACAGGAGCCUCAGAAAGGGCCAGGGAAGGUGGGCCGGGGGUGGGGGGCUUGGUGCGUCUCAGUUCUAGCCCCACAUGGCCGGUGUCUGGCAUUGUCCCCGUCCCUCCUGGGCCAGCUGCUGCUGCCCUGGCCUGCCAUUGUUGGCAGGAGGACCUAGC